AUGUCUAAAACAACUCUUGAUCUUUACCGAUGUUACUUCGCGUUGGAAGAUAGUCUUCAAGCGACACGCAAGCCAAUCUCAAGCUUUUUUAUCAACGAUAUCCUCGACUAUUCGUACAGCAUGUCCGCAGAUGCGAAAAAUCAUGUGCGAAAAACGAAGUCGAAUAAGAAAAGUCGAACAACGUUUACGGGAAAACAAAUCUCUGAACUCGAGAAGAAGUUCGAAAGCAAAAAGUACCUCUCAUCCACGGAACGUGCAGAAAUGGCUUCAUUAUUAACAGUAACAGAGACACAAGUGAAGAUUUGGUUUCAAAACCGUCGAACAAAAUGGAAGAAGAUAGAGAAUAUUCCGAGCACCAUAGUUGCUGAACAUAAACUGCAAGCACGACAAACGUUGUCCAAUCAUACAUCUGCUGACAGCAGUGGAAAUAGUACAUGCAGUUCGAUUAGUUCUCGUCGAUCUGAUCCACAUGCGGACGAUGUAUGA